AUGGCAGAUGUAGAUGCAAACGACAAAGCCGAUCGUCUCAAAUCCGCCCUCUGGUACAGCAUCGGCACAAUCAUUGACGCCAUAUCCCUUGACCAAGAUCUCAACGCCACUCCUCAGUUCAUCGGUGCUUUGACAGAGCUGGUGUGGUCUCAGAUACUUACUUCCGGUGCUGACUUGGAAGCAUUUGCCAAGCACGCCGGUAGAGAGACAGUGGAUGUCAAGGAUGUACUGUUGCUCGUGCGCAGAAACGAGCAGCUGAAAGAAGUACUGGAGGAAGCAUUGAAGGACAUCAAGAAAUGA